AUGUCGAAGGGCGGUUCCAGGGAAGGGCCCCUGGUGCAUAGCACUCUUGCCACCUUUUGGGCCCUGUUUCGCUACUCACCAACACUCACUAUUGUCACGCUUCUAGCUAUUCGCUUCCUGUUCAGGCGCUACGUCUCGCCUCUUCGUAGGUAUCCGGGUCCAUUCCUGGCUUCCGGCACGCGUCUACACUCUGCGUUUCUUACGUGGAGAGGGAAGACUCACGAAGAUCAUAUUGCUUUACAUCGCAAAUAUGGACCUGUUGUUCGUAUCCAGCCGAACCAGCUCUCGUUCGCGUCGCCUGAGGCUGCGCGUCAGAUCCUGUCUCCUGGGAAGGGCUUCCAUAAAACCUUGUUCUAUUGGGUGUUCCCACCGUAUGGCAACCCCGACAUCUUCACCGAAGUUCGAGAGGAAGUACACGCGACCAAGAAGCGGUUUGUCAAUCAGCCAUAUAGUCUAGCCUCUUUCCAAGCGAUGACGCCUUGGGUCGACCAGACUAUUCAGCUUCUUUGCGACAAGCUUGAUGGGAUUUGCAUUUCUGGCACUCUUUCGACCCCUCUGAAUCUGGGUGAUUACCUACACUAUUUUGCUUUUGAUGUCCUUGGGCAAGUGGCUUUUUCUACUGCAUUUGGUUUUCUCGAGCAAGGAAAAGAUGUUGACGGUGCCAUCAAGUCAAUCGACGCCGUUCAGGUAUACGACGGAAUUGUGGGUCAGAUCCCUUUUCUCGAUCGUUUCCUGCGGCGAGCCUUCUACUGGGAUUACCUACCAUGGGUGACACCCUUGAGCAACAAUUACAUCACGCGAACAGCUCUAGCUCAAUUGGCGAAACGAGAAAAUAGUAAUACGAAGCCUGGCCGCAGAGACCUGCUGAGUAUGCUACUGGAAUCACACGAAAAAGACCCUAACAAGUUUGAUAAGAACAGUGUGUUUGCUGUGGCUCAUGGCGCCAUCUUUGCUGGCAGCGAUUCUACUGCUAGUACCAUGCAGACAUUCAUGUGGAAUAUUCUCAACAACCCUUCAAUCUACGAAAGGCUGAUAACAGAAAUUUUCGACGCUCACCAAGCAGGUAAGCUCAGCGAGAUUGUGGCAUGGGAUGAAUCACAGAAGCACCUUCCAUAUUUCCAAGCUUGUCUUAAAGAAGCCAUGCGUAUUGGUCCAGCAGUGGGAUUGGCAAUAUACCGCAAAGUGCCUGGCACUGAUACCGAGAUCAACGGCACUUUCAUUCCGUGUGGCACCGAACUGGCAGUGAAUGCAUGGGUGCUGCACAGAGAUCAAGAUAUCUUCGGUCGAGAUGCAGAUGUGUACAGACCUGAAAGAUGGCUGGCUGCAGAAGGAGAUGAGAAGAACGAGAGCAGAAUCAAGAGGAUGGACAGGUAUAUGUUUCAGUUCGGUGGUGGUUCUCACGUUUGCAUUGGUCGCAACCUGGCUAUCCUAGAGAUCAACAAGGUCUUGCCUCAGCUCCUCAGACGGUAUAAAUUCGAGCUGGUAGUUCCAGGUCGACCGAUGCAUCAGCACAGCAGUUUCUUCGUCGUGCAAGAGGGAUUGGAAGUAAGGUUUCAGCGGCGUUAG